GGUUCGUGUAGGAAGUGAAGCUCAAAUAAUAGGUGCAAUUGGAACAUCGAUAUUUCUUUUAUGUACAGCUUAUUUAGCACAAACUCCUAUGCAAGGAAUAAUUUUAAUAUCAAUUGGUACAUUGGAUAUAGCUCCAAAAUACGCUGGUGCAAUUUAUGGGUUAGGAAACACUUGUGCAGGAAUUCCAGCUGUAUUAGGUGUAGCAUUUACGGGAUGGAUAUUAGAUAUUACAAACAGAAAUUGGAAUAUUGUUUGGAUUUUAGUUACUGUAUUUUAUUCUAUCGGUUCCAUAUUUUUUGUUAGUUGGGUUGGUCACGAAAUUAUAAUUGAUUAA